CCUUUUGUUUCCACAGGUUUAUCUAGACAGUGCUAACUGCCAACAUUUUCUUCCCCACCGGAAAAUCAAGAAAACCCAAUCCAUGGGUCAAUCUUUGCUGGAGGCGCUAAACGUGCGAGUCGUCGGCUCCGGCGAGAAAACCCUAGUUCUAGCCCACGGCUCCGGCACCGACCAGUCGGCGUGGCGGGGCAUUCUCCCCUAUUUCCUCCGCGACUACCGCGUGGUCCUCUUCGACCUCGUCUGCGCCGGCAGCGUCAACCCCGACUACUUCGACUUCCGGCGCUACACCACUCUCGACGCCUACGCCGACGACCUCCUCAACAUCCUCGCCGCCCUCGGAAUCGACCGCUGCUACUACGUCGGCCACUCCGUCUCCGCCAUGAUCGGAAUCCUCGCCGCCAUUCGCCGCCCCGAUCUCUUCUCCAAGCUCAUCCUCAUCGGCGCUUCCCCUAGGUUCUUGAAUGAUGAGGAGUACCAUGGGGGAUUCGAGCAAGGGGAGAUCGAGAAAGUGUUCUCGGCGAUGCAAGCCAACUACGAGGCGUGGGUGCGUGGGUUCGCGCCGCUGGCGGUGGGGGCGGACGUGCCGGCGGCGGUGAGGGAGUUCAGCCGGACGCUGUUCAACAUGCGGCCGGACAUAACGCUGUUCGUGUCCCGGACGGUGUUCAACAGCGACCUGAGGGGCGUAUUGGGGCUAGUGAAGGUGCCGUGCCACAUCAUCCAGACGGCCAAGGACGUGUCCGUCCCCGGAUCGGUCGCCACGUACCUCAAGAACCACCUCGGCGGCCGGAACACCGUCCACGUGCUCCCCAUUGAGGGCCACUUGCCGCACCUCAGCGCGCCGGCGAUGCUGGCUCAGGAGCUCAGGCGGGCUCUGGGCCGGUGAUUGCCCCGCCCGGCCCAUGGGCCCUGUCUGGCCCGUUUUCUUUUCUUCGUUGUCUUAUGUACUAACUAUAUAUGAGGAAUAAUGGGAGGUUGGGAGAUAAUGACAUGUCGCGAUUUUAACUUAUGGACGAGAGUGAGUUUGCAUUUAAUAUUUCAAAAAUUUUACAUUUUUGCCCUUCCGUUA